AUGGAGCGCACUCGGACGCUGCAGCUGCAGCUCGAGUUCGUGGAGCGCGCUGGACACGCGGUCGAGGAGCUGGUGCAGAAGAUGAAGAAAGCACAUGCCGAGCAGGAGACGUUUCUGCUCGCGUUUACUGCCAGUCUCGAGGAUCUCGCUGCGCAAGAGACGUGUGAACCUUUGGCAAAGUGUCUCGAAGACCUGCGCGAGUGUGGCCAGUCGCUGGUGCGCGAGAGCCACGACGUGAUGAUGGUGAGGCCGGACGCAGAGAUUUUGGAGGUCGUGACGCAGGUGAAUGAAUUGGCGGUUACUCCCAUGAAGAGGCUGUUGGAAGACCGGGAGAAGGCUCUGAAGAUUGAGGUGAAGCUGCAGACCGAGUUUGACGAGAUGAAGCGAGGAAGUGCUGCCAAGGAGAAGGAAAAGAAGCUUCGGAUGCUGUCGGAUCAGAAACGUCGCGUUGAAAACGUCAAUGCGUUGCUGGAUAUACACAUGGAGAACUUUGAGCGGUACAGAAUCGAGCAAAUGAAGAAAAUCGUCGCUGAGUUGGCGCGUUCGCAGGCGUUUUACCAUGCAAAAGGCCUGGAACUCUUUGCCGUGCCAUGCCAGACUAUUGCAAAGCUUUACACUGCCGAUGUAGGACAUCUGAAAGGGGGAGCGCAAGUGAAUCCUAGCUGA